GAUUUCAGGGUUCCCCGGGGGAGGACUCUGGGGUAGGGUAUCCAACUUCCUUGUUGGAGCCUCCCUGAAUGUAUCUGCUCUGCACUGGAGUGGCCGCGGCCUCUUCGGUGUGGAGAUCCCGGCCGCGGCCCACCAUCAGCGGGCUGCAUAGGCUGGGAUCCGGUGAUUUCUUUGCUGACUCGAGUGGUCCGGGAGUGUCCGCGACCGCAGAGCCCUAGGGGCAGUUGUGAGGCCCAACAGUGUACAAGUCUUGUACUUGUUUGGUGAAAUUUAUUCCUAAGAGUUUUUGUUCUUUCUGAUGCGAUUGUCAGUGACAUUGUUUUCUUAAUUUCAUUUCCUGAUUGUUCUUUUUGCUGGUAUAUAAAAAUACAGAUGAUUUUUAUAUGUUGUUUUUUAUAGCCCAAGGUUUUGUUGUUGUUGUUGUUGUUGUUGCUCAAUAAUUUGAACACCUUUAGGCCAGGCAUGUUCUCUCCAGUUUGAUACAGAAUCAUUACUCCUUGGUAUGACAUUUAUCUGCCUGUCUCCUGAUGACAUUUUUCUUAGGUUCCCUACAGCUGUUCCUGAAAAUGUUUAUCAUCCACAGAUUGUAAACAACCUUAAGUCGGCAAUAAACUUUGUUGUUAGGCUGGUGACAUCAGGGAGGGCUAUAUAGGGAGGGAAUGGCAGUAAGGUAUGAAUGAGAAGAAAUGAGUUGAUGUGAACCCAAGAAAAGAGUUGUCUCUGAUACACAAUAAAGAGAAUCAGGAUUCGCUUGCAGAGGGCUAUCAACUUUAUUGCUUGUAGGUGUGAAUGAGAGAGAAUCACCACACCAAAGCAGUGCUGGAAAGAGUUGCUCUAGAGAGGCAGCUGGAGUGUCAAGAUGCUGUCCAGACCAAAGCCAGGGGAGUCAGAGGUGGACCUGCUGCGUUUCCAGAGUCAGUUUCUUGCAGCUGGUGCGGCUCCAGCAGUACAACUGGUGAAGAAAGGAAGUAGGAGAGGUGGCGACACUAACCUGGACCAUCCUCUGCUACAAGAUCAUCGGGAUGUGGUGACGCUGGACAAUCUCCCAGAUUUGCCCCCAGCUUUGGUUCCUGCUCCCCCGAAGAGAGCCAGACCCAGCCCUGGCCGUCCCCUGCCUGAACAUGAGGAUCCUGAAGAGAGGCUGAACAGGCACGAUCAACACAUCACUGCUGUCUUGACUAAGAUCGUUGAACGAGAUACAAGUUCAGUGGCUGUGAAUCUGCCUGUGCCCAGUGGUGUUGCUUUCCCUCCUGUGUUCCAUCGCUCACAGGAGAGACAGGGGAAGUCAGCAACAUCUGGUAAGAGAAGCAUCUUUGCCCAAGAAGUUGCAGCAAAGAGAGUGUCUGAAGCUAGGGUCCCACCAGUUAGAGAAGUUGUGUCUACCCUGGAUCCACUAGAGGGUGCUGCAUCCUGUGAGGCAUUCACACCUAGGGAGCAGGGCUACCAGCUUCCAUGGGGCAGCCACAGCUUCCAGGGACCCAGUCUAGUCACAGGGAAGGGGCUCAGGAGCCAGGACGCUGAGCAGGAAGCCCAGACCAUCCAUGAAGAGAACAUAGCAAAACUACAAGCCAUGGCUCCUGAAGAGAUCCUGCAGGAACAGCAGCGGCUCCUAGCUCAGCUUGAUCCCAACUUGGUUGCCUUCUUGAGGUCCCACAGCCAUGUCCAUGAGCAAGCAGGAGAGAAAGCCACAGAGGAGCAGAGACCAGGAGGACCCUCUGUUGAGUUCACUGGAGAGGAACCCAUUGUGCCAACUUCUCCAAGUGAGCCCAGGCAGGAAGAUGAGCUGGAGCCAGAAGCCCCAGCUCUGGCACCACCUGUGACGCCCCACAAAGAAUGGCUUCACAUGGACACUGUGGAGCUGGAGAAGCUCCAGUGGACCCAGGACUUGCCCCCACUCCGGCGGCAGCAGACGCAGGAGAGGAUGCAGGCCCGAUUUAGUCUUCAGGGAGAGCUUCUGGCCCCUGAUGUGGACCUGCCCACCCAUCUGGGCCUGCACCACCAUGGAGAAGAGGCAGAGAGAGCGGGAUACUCCCUGCAGGAGCUGUUCCACCUCACGCGCAGCCAGGUGUCCCAGCAGAGAGCACUAGCGCUGCAUGUGUUGGCCCAGGUCAUCAGCAGGGCCCAGGCUGGCGAGUUUGGGGACCGGCUAGUGGGCAGUGUCUUGCGCCUCCUCUUGGAUGCUGGUUUCCUCUUCUUGCUGCGCUUCUCCCUGGAUGACAGAGUGGACGCAGUAAUUGCAGCUGCCGUCCGGGCUCUUCAGGCUCUGCUGGUAGCCCCUGGAGAUGAGGAACUCCUCGAUAGCUCCUUCUCCUGGUACCAUGGAGCUUUGACGUUUCCUCUGAUGCCCAGCCAGGAGGACAGGGAGGACGAUGAGGAUGAAGAUGAAGAGGCCCCAGCAGAAAAAGCAAAAAGAAAGAGCCCUGAGGAAGGAAACCGGCCUCCAUCUGACCUGGCCCGACAUGACAUCAUCAAGGGGCUUCUGGCUACCAACCUGCUGCCACGGCUGCGCUAUGUGCUAGAGGUGACCUGCCCAGGCCCUUCUGUGGUCCUUGAUAUCCUGGCUGUGCUCAUCCGUCUGGCCCGGCAUUCCCUGGAGUCAGCCACAAGGGUCCUGGAGUGCCCUCGACUAAUAGAGACCGUGGUUCGAGAGUUUCUGCCCACCAGCUGGUCCCCCAUGGGGGUGGGGCCUGUCCUCAGUCUACACAAAGUGCCCUGUGCCACUGCCAUGAAACUACUUCGUGUCCUGGCCUCGGCUGGUAGGAAUAUUGCUGCCCGGCUGCUGAGCAGCUUUGAUCUCCGGAGCCGCCUGUGCCGCUUUAUAGCAGAGGCUCCCCAGGAAAUGGCCUUGCCCCCAGAGGAAGCUGAGAUGCUGAGCACUGAGGCUUUCCGUUUGUGGGCUGUGGCUGCCUCCUAUGGCCAGGGUAGUGACCUUUACAGGGAGCUAUACCCAGUGCUGAUGCGGGCCCUGCAGGCUGUGCCAGAGGAGCUCAGCACCCAGCCCCCUCAGCCCCUGUCUGUGCAGCGGAUAGCCUCCUUGCUCACUCUGCUCACCCAGCUGACCCUGGCAGCCAGUAGCACUGUCCCUGAGUCCAGCAGUGACUCUGCUGAGGCCAGUCUGUCGGCCACCCCUUCCUUGAUCACUUGGACACAGGUGUCGGGGCUCCAACCCCUUGUGGAGCCCUUUCUAAGACAGACCUUGAAGUUGCUGCCCAGAUCUGAGAAUUGGCAUGCUCUAGGCCCAGUUCCCACUGCCUGCCUACUCUUCCUGGAUGCAUACUACCAGGCCUGGAGCCAGCAGCCAAGCCUGUGCCCAGGGGAUUGGCUUCAGGAUAUGGAGCGCCUGUCAGAGGGGCUACUGCUACCCUUACUGCACCCACCCACUCUGGGCACCCUGUGGGAUUCUCUUGGGUGCUGCUCCCCUCUCUGCAACCCGCAGUUCUGUGUUCCAGCCCCUGAGGCUCUCCCCAGCCUGGUUUCACUGGGCUGCACAGGAGGACGCCCCUCUCUCAGUCUGGCCGGCUCAGCCUCACCCUUCCCGUUCCUCACUGCCCUCCUGUCUCUCUUCAACACCUUGGCCCGGAUCCACAAGGGGCUAUGUGGCCAGCUGGCUGCCAUAUUGGCUGCCCCAGGACUCCAGAACUACUUCCUCCAGUGUGUGGCUCCUAUGGCUGCCCCACAACUCACUCCCUUCUCUGCGUGGGCCUUGCGCCAUGAGUACCACCUACAGUACCUGGCACUCACCCUGGCCCAGAGAGCGGCAACAGUCCAGCCAGUUCUGGCCGUCAAUGCCGCUCUCCAUCAUAGUAUGGUGUUGGCCCUGCUGAGCCGACUUCUGCCUGGAAGUGAGUACCUCGCCCAUGAGCUACUGCUGAGCUGUGUGUUCCGUCUGGAGUUCCUCCCGGAAAGAGCAUCAGGUGGUCCAGAGGCAGCUGACUUCUCUGAUCUGCUGUCCUUAGGGAGCGGCAGGGACUCUGCGAGUGGGCGAGGGGCUCUGCUGGUUCAGGCCUGUCAGGACCUCCCCAGCAUCCGCAGCUGCUACCUGACCCACUGCUCACUGGCCCGAGCCAACCUACUAGCAUCUCAGGCCUUGUACCGAAGGGAGCUACGGCAAAUCCCAGCCCUGCUGCUCCCUGUGCCUAAGGAGCCACUGCUGCCCACCGACUGGCCUUUCCUGCCAUUGAUCCACCUCUACCACCAGGCCUCAGACACGCCCUCAGGACUUCCUCCUGCUGACACAUUGCCUGUGUCCUUGGAGUACUAUACAGAGCCUCCUGAAGACAACCUGGCCCUCCUUCAGCUGUACUUCCGUGUCCUGGUUACUGGUGCACUCUGUGCACGCUGGUGCCCUGUACUCUAUGCUGUGGCUGUGGCUCAUGUCAACAGCUUCAUCUUCUCCCAGGACCCAAAGAGUUCAGACGAGGUAAAGGCUGCCCGCAGGAGCAUGUUGCAGAAGACUUGGAUGCUGACGAAUGAGGGUCUCCGGCAGCACCUUCUCCACUAUAAGCUCCCUAAUCCUGCCCUCCCAGAAGGCUUUGAGCUGUAUCUCCAGCUGCCCUCUCUGCGUCAGCAGUACCUCCAGAGACUGGCCUCAGGGAUCCUCCAAAAUGGGGAAUCAGAGACCUAGUAUGGCUGCUACAGAUGAAGAGAUGGAUACAUUCUCCUGGGGUUCACCAACACGGGCCUGGCCAAACAGAAGGGUUUUGUGGCUUAAGCGUGGGCAGGAGACAAGGGAGAAGGCUUGCUUUCCUGGGAGCAGGCUGUGUGAGCUUUUUUGCAGCAGAGUGAGCCCUCCCAUUAUAUCCUGAUGUCUGAAACUCAGGAUCUGGUCUGUAUGGAAGUGAAGGGUAACUUGCCCCUCUCUUGGAGACCAGACAAACUAUGUACAUGUCUCCUCCUUCCCCUGCCCCAGACCAGAUACAUAAAUCCUGUAGAUGUGUACUGAAAUAAAAAUUUUUUGUAUCUCCUGGGAA